CCCACCUUGUCGAGCAGAAACCAUGUCCAACAACCCGUCCUUCGUCCUUCAGGCCGUCGAGCGCGUCGAGUUCGAGGAGCGCCCUAUCCCCGACAUCCGCGACACUGAGGUUCUCGUCGAGGUCAAGAAGACCGGUAUCUGCGGUUCCGAUGUGCACUAUCUCGUUCAUGGCCGCAUCGGCGACUUCAUUGUCGAAAAACCCAUGGUUCUCGGCCAUGAGUCCUCUGGUAUCGUCUACAAGGUCGGCAAUAAAGUGAAGCACCUCCAGCCUGGUGACCGUGUCGCGAUGGAACCCGGCGCGACCUGCCGCGUCUGCGAGGACUGCAAGAGGGGUCGCUAUGAGCUUUGCCCGGACAUCGUCUUCGCCGCGACUCCUCCCUAUGAUGGCACCCUUUGCCGCUACUACCCGAUUCCUGGGGACCUGUGCUACAAGCUCCCGGAUAACUUGACUCUUGAGGAUGGCGCCAUGAUGGAGCCCCUUUCCGUCGGUACACACUCAGUUGCAAACAUUGGCAACCUCAAGGCGCAGGAAAAUAUCGUCGUGUUCGGCGCUGGUCCUGUCGGUCUGCUUUGCAUGGCUGUAGCCAAGGCUCUUGGUGCUCGCCGUAUCAUUGCGGUCGACAUCCUAUCUUCUCGCCUCGAGUUCGCCAAGUCAUAUGCGGCCACCGAUGUAUACCUCCCGCCAAAGCCAAACGAGGGCGAGUCGAAGAUCCAGUACUCUGAGCGGAACGCGAAGACGAUGCAGGAGCAGCUUGGUAUCGAGCUACGGGGCAGAAGUGCGAUUGACUUGGUUGUUGACGCUUCUGGUGCCGAGGCGUCGAUACAGACCGGUAUCCUCAUCGCACGUCACGGCGGCAGAUAUGUACAGGUCGGUAUGGGUGCUCCCAACGUUACCCUCCCGAUUACCACUGCGCUCGUGAAGGAGUUGGCUAUCAAAGGCUCUUUCCGCUAUGGACCCGACGACUAUGCGCUCGCUAUUGCCUUGGCCGCUGCGGGCAAGAUCGACUUGAAGCCUCUCAUUACCCACCGCUUCAAGUUCGAGGAGGCGAAAGAGGCGUUCCAGGCUAACAGAGUAGGCAAAGGCGCAGAUGGCAAGGCUGUCAUCAAGGCCGUUAUCUCUGGUCCCGAUGUCUCACCCGAGGAUCACUGAGCGCCAGACUCUGGAUGUCUUCUGCCGAAUGGAAUCGGAUCCAGGACUCAUUGGCGCGGACUCUUACAUUGGAAGCAAUAGUGCUUGGCAGGAGGGAAGAGGGACAUGUAUGAUUAUUAUUAUAUAGCGUGUACGUCUAAAAGAUGAUGCAAUUGAACUGGAUAGUGUCAAGUG